AUGCACCAUUUUGAUAGGUGUGUUCCUUUCCAUCUCUUCGGAGUACUUAUGUCGUGUUCUAUUGCGUAUGCCGUAUUUGUUGACAGUUAUUACAUGGCAUUUCCUGAAUCUUACGACAAGCUGGACUUAAAUUGUCUAGGGACGUAUUAUGCUGCUUCGUUAAUUACAUGCGCUGGUUUUUGCGCUAGUGAUCAUUGUCGAUGUUACGGAUAUAACUCCCUAACAAAAUCGUGUCGUCUGUACUCGGAAUGUAGAUUCUGUGAUGUGACGCAAUCACAAGGAGACUGGCAGUAUUAUACAUCUGACAAGAACGUUCAAAGACAGACUGACACGAAGAGUGUUGACUGUUUCGAUUACUACCAAGAAAAUAUGGCCACUUCCGAUAGGUACAUCAUAUACCCUUUUGGGAACAACUCCCCAGUCCAGGUCUAUUGUGACAUGGAUACUUCCGGUGGUGGAUGGACAGUAAUACAAUCGCGUCAUGAUGGAUCGGUGAACUUCAAAAGAAAUUGGACAGAAUAUAAAGAGGGAUUUGGUUCCGUUUGUAAUGAAUAUUGGAUAGGAGAUAGACUGGUUGAUACUGGAAGCAGUUUUGACGAUGUAGUUGGCAUGCCUUUUUCUACAAUCGAACUCGACAGGUGUGCUAGGGAUUACGGAGCCGGAGGAGGGUGGUGGUAUAACAGCUGCCAUGACGCCUAUCUGAACGGGCCAUACAACUCAACCGCAUGGGAGCAACCGUGGGAUCCACCCAUAUUAUAUGGAGUCGAAGUAUCUCGUACUAAAAUGAUGAUUAGGAAACGUUGAAAAGGGGUGUGACGAAAUCAAACGGCUUCAAACGAACAGAAAUAAAGCAACAACAAAGAGUAAAGUCCAAACUUGUGAUUGUUAUUCCAUUGUCCUAUUGUCACUUACUGAUACUUAUUGGUACUUCCGGAUAUUUUAACUAUUUUCCACCUAAAGUAUGCGAGGUUCGACUUAUGGAUGACAUAUUUUUCAAAUGGCUAUUAAUUGUGACGCAUUUUUGAGGGAUAUCUCCAUUUGAAAUAUAUCGCUAUUUGGUAA